AUUCAGGAGUGUGUGGCAACUGAUAUUUCUCCAGAGACUGCAGAGAGCCUGUUUAGAAUACUAGAAGAUGACGGCAAUGAAGAACCCCCAUGGCAAAAUAGCAACACAGUCACUGUUACUUCAGAUGACCAGAAACAAGAACAAGCUGUUAAAUGUCUUGUCAAAAUGAUACAUCUUAUCCACCAAGCAAAUCUUAACAAAAGGCAACAGGUCCAUGUAAGUGUAAUAUUUACCUUAAACUCCCAUCAGUGAUCAAGACAUAAUUUCUCCUCACAAUAUUAGUACAGUAUCAAGCAGACGAGUGAUGAGAACUAAGAUUAAGGGAUGAUUAUUUGAUCUAACACCAAAUUCUCCAAACUUGCAUCUUAAGAAUUGUUUGGCAGAUAGUAAGGAGAAUUACAAAAUUGCGAUCUUGAAGAGAAGUCACAGAAGCUGGAGUAAAGUGUCUGAUGUAACAUCAAAGUUUGAUUUCAUUUUAUUGUCUAUUUGUAGUGUCUUGUAGAUACACCUUCAUUGUUGAAGAGAUUCCUGGAAAUUAUAAAGCUCAGGUAACAUGCAGUUAGAUACAGUAUAUCUCAGAAAAUGAUGAAUGCAAUGCUCAGUUAGUUAACAUUUGACAUAAGUUAUUCAAUUUUGACUAUCCAACAAUUUAAUAUGAAUUUAAAUGUUUUCUUGUGCAUUUAUGGACAAUUUUAGAGGUUUCCAAGCUCAUUUCUCAAGGACUGUCUUCAUGGUGGGUAAGUGUCUGGUGAAUUUAUGAGAAAUAAAAAUAAAAACUCAAAAAUUUUCAACACUUUUUAGCAGUAUUGGUUAAACAAGAAAUUUUCUUUCUUAUUUCUAGAUGCAAUUCCUAAGAUUCUGGAUUGUGAUAACUCAGCAGUUCUUCAGGUGACUAAGAGGCUUUUGAUCCUUAACAUCUUAACCCUUUAACUCCCAGAUCAAAUUUUUAAUUCUCCUUACUGUCAACCAUACAAUUCUUAUGACAUUAGUUCAGAGAAUUUGGUAUUGGAUCAACUAAUUAUCCCUAAAUUGAUAUUUUUCUUUAUUCUCAUCACUUAUCUGGUUGAUAUUGUAUUGAUAUUGUAAGGAGAAAUUCUGUCUUGGUCACUCAUGGGAGUUGAAGGGUUAAUAUCAGUAUGCAUAUUCUCCAUACUGUUCUCUAUACAUUUCCUAAGAUGCUGACAAGGAGAAUUUGUUUAACAGUCAAGAGCUUCUUUACUUGGUGAUCAUUUCCUUUAUUCUCCUGACCUUACUGUUUGAUUCAGGAGUGAUACUGUGAGGAGAAUUUAGAUGCUAGUCACUCUCAUCUUUAUCUCUUAGACAAAUUUCUCUUAAUACAAGUCUUCAUAAAUGAUGUUGAUUUUAAUCAUCAUAAUUACUUGACUUUUUAUGAUACCAACAUGAUAUUAGUUAAUUUUUUUCAACAGGCUAUAUUUCUUGGAGUUGGAAGUUUUGAACCUGUCAUCUCUGUUUUGAACUUUGAGGUCAGAUGUUCUGAAAACUUUUUGGAUGAUUCCUACAGUUAAAUUUAACACAAUUCUCAAUUGAUGAUGUUUUUAUCCUUUUCGCAUGGGUCCAUAAAACUUAUCUAAAACCAGUUUCUAGAAGUCUGUAAUAUGACAUACAUGUGUUAAUUUGAUUGACAGCUCCCUCUGCACCCCCCUCCCCCCUCACUCAAAUAAUUCAUUUUUGCUUAUUUUGCUAUGCUUUUACUUCAAUUCAAACUGUUCCUAGAUUUAAAAUCUUGACCUUGUUACUAAUUAGGGUUUUUGCAAUAAUUGAAUUUAACCCUUUAACUCAUACGAUCUGAUUGUCAAUUCUCCCUCUCCAUUAAGCUGUUACACAUUUCCUUCUAAGUUAGCAGCAAGAAUUUGGUGUUAGUUCCAGAUAACAACUACAUGAUAGGAUUAAAUAUUCUCAUUAUCUGUUUGCUGGAUAAUGUAUGAAUAUUGUGGGGAGACGUUACAUGCUAAUCACCUAUGGGAGUUAAAGAGUUAAAGUGACUAGGAAUUUUAGUCUAACUGUGUAUUUUGAGUUAUUAAGUAUUAAUUGAUGUUACUUAUUUAAACAGUGUGAAGAUGAAGAGACACAAAAUGUGCUGUACAAAAGCUGUGUGCUGGCAAUUCAAAGAAUCAUGUGUGCCUCACAAGCAGCAAAGGUGACCAAAGUGUAUGACAUGUUUUGAUAAAUUGUACAGGGUUGUAGUUGAUAGUGCAGGAGCCAUUGCCUAAGUGGUUACCAUGACGUACUGUGGAUAAGCCCUUCGCAUUCUUACAGCUGUAUACAUUUUUUUCAUACUGUUCUCUUUACAUUUCCAACUUCCCUAAAGUGCUCUUAAGACGAAGCUUUGUUUAGUUUGUCUUCCAAAUCAAAUUUUUAUUAAAUGUCUUGUUACAAUUUAUAGAUCAUUCAGCAUAUUAAACUUUAUUUCUUCCUUCACGCCUAAAUUUAAAUCAACCAUCAACAGUGUUGGUGGUCAAAGAGUUGCUUUGUGAAUGUGUCAAUGCUAAAUUCUUAUUCAUUUCAUUUUUAACUAUUUAUUAUCUCUGCCCAGACUGCCAAAUGAAUUCAAAUUAUUCAUAUUUUUCAGGAAGCAUUUAAAGAUAGCGUAGGGUUUGAAAGGAUUUGUAGAUACUUAAAAAGACUUCAUGCUCCAUCAAGAGAAUUCAUUCACCUCCUAUUCAAUUGGGUAGGUACUGUCGGCUUACUCCUUAGUUGUUAAUUACUUAACAAGUUAUCUGAUAGCAGUGACUAAACAAGGGUGAAAAAAAAAAUGCUGCCUUUAAUUCUCAGUGAUCACAAGAUAUAUGAUUAACACACAACUCUCUACAACUGACCCCAGCCAGGCUUGAACCUGGACCACUCAAUCUGGAGUUGAGUGCACUAACCAUGAGGCCACUGUGCCUCCACAAUUGUGGUCAUUGUGUUUUGUUCUUAGGCAAGACACUUUACUCUCACAGUGCUUCUCUUCGCCCAAGUGUACAAAUGGGUACCAGCAAAUAUGCUGGGGGUAACCCUGCGAUGGACUAGCAUCCCAUCCAGGGGGGAGUAGCAAUACUCCUAGCCGCUACAUGCUAAGGAAACAGGAGUUAAACAUUGGCCCCAUGGGCCACUUGGGCCUGUAUAAAGGCUUUACCUACUUACUUUACUCUCUACAACUGAAGGAAAAUUCCAUGAAAGGUUUAGAGCCAUUCAAUUUUUUUUUCAAUUUUAGAGUCCUAACUGCUUUUACAUCAAAGUUAUGCUGUUAAUUUAAUUUUUCAUGUUCCCCUCAUAUAUAUUUAUGUUCUUUAAAGGUAGUGGAAGGGAUUUAUGGUAAAGAAAACAAAGUGAUUAACAAUGUUGAUGUCGUGCUACUUCUUCUGGAUUGGCUUCCAUCUUUAUCAGCAGAAAACAAGAGGUAA